AUGUGCGUGAGGGAAGUCGCGGAGGAGGAGGAGGCGGAGAAGAUGGAGAAAUCGGAGCCCGAGAGCUCCCCCGCGGCCAGAAGUUCUGCUACUGUAAGGACCAUUGCGAUUUGCCGUCUUCGUCUUGCUAUCGGACGAUCCUAUUGCCUUAUCCCUGUUCAUGUUCAUGCUCCUCCCCUUUUGAAUCCUCCACGAAGAUUGAUGGAUGGAUGGGUGUGGGCUGGCGCUUUGAUCUCUGUGCCUGGUUCGUUCGAAUCCUGUUCUCGUCGUGUUCUCUCUUGGCGAGCAGGUUUGGGGUUGGGGGGUGCAGAGAUGGGUCGGAUGAGGAUUUCCCUUUCGAAUUCUUAUGGAUGCCGAAUUUAAUUAUUUCGAUCGAACUGGGAAUUGGGUCGCAGAAAAAUCGAUUCUUUUUUUAUUCGAGAUAGUUUUCCAUAAUUUUUCUUCUUUUAGAUCUUCAGCAGUCAAUCAUUUCCAGAUGAAAUGUUGUUACGGAUAUCAGUUACCCUUUUCGUGAUUUUUGUUCCCUUUCCCUUUUUCUGCAUUAAGAUUUUUGCAUUUUUCAUAAUUAAAGAUGCCGGAGCAACCUUUUUUUACAUUAAAAAACAUUUUGCGCCGCCAUUUUAAAUACCAAAAAUCAGACCAGAGAUGUUCAUUCCAUCUUGUUCUGAAUGUCGCUCAGAUAAAUCAAUGCCCUAAUUAAUACUUCAUUAAGGAGAAAAAAAAAACUCAGAUAAUAAAUGAGAGUGGUCGGCAGAAUUCGGCAUGCUAGCUUCGGCCAAUUAAAAUGGAAUGACUUGCCAAUCUAGGAAAGCAGAAAGAUCUAACGAUUGUUCAUGGAACAUAUAAUGCCGUACAUUGCAUGAUGAAUGGUUCGUUGAUCAUUGUAUGUGCUUGGUUUGGUCUCCUGUGCUCAGAAUUUUCCGCCCUCUCCCUUGCUGUCUGCAGCUGGAAAGCAUCUGUGAGAACACGGUGGCUCAGGACGUCCCACUCAAAGGGUCAGAGGACAACCAGAAGGCCACAGGGAACUACGUCCCCGCGAUCCGGCAUGGCGAGUGGGCCGAUAUCGGCCAGAGGAAGUACAUGGAGGACACCCACGUCUGCAUCGAAGACAUUGCCAAGAAGUUCGGUAGCCGGGCACUGGACCAAUGCUCUGUUUCCUUUUAUGGAGUAGGGCUCUGUAUCCUCCUCGCCAAUCACUUUCUUUUUUCUCAAUUUCUGAGAGCAAAAGGGUCGGAAGGGUUUAAUGAGAAAGUUUGGGUUUCUUACCUGUCCGGGUUGAUCCGACGACAGGGUUUCUGUAUAGGGUUUUGUGAUCUGAUUACUUCCCCCCUGGUUUUACUUCUGUUAUCGGCAUGGGGUUGGUGGCAGAUGGUUCGUACCUGUAAUUGAGCUCGACUGCACUGGUGCAGGUGUUCGACGGCCAUGGAGGGAAGGACGCGGCGCACUUCGUCCGCGACAACCUGCCGAGGCUCAUCGUGGAGGACGCUGGGUUCCCUCUCGAGCUGGAGAAGGUCGUUGCUCGGUCCUUCGUGGAGAUCGACGCCCAGUUCGCCCAGACCUGUUCUGGCCAGUCGGCGCUCUCCUCGGGCACGACGGCGCUCACCGCCAUGAUCUUCGGCAGGUCCCGUCCUCCUCCUCAAUCGGCUCUUCCUCAGUCGCUGUUUGAUCACGGAAUUGAGUGAAAUUCUGGUGGGUGAGUGCAGGUCGCUGCUUGUCGCCAAUGCCGGGGACUGCCGGGCGGUACUAUCGCGGGCGGGAACGGCGGUGGAGAUGUCCAAGGACCACCGGCCCUGCUGCGGAAUAGAGAGAAUGAGAGUGGAAGCACUGGGGGGGUUCAUCGACGGCGAGUACCUGAACGGGGAGAUUGGGGUGACGAGGGCUCUGGGGGACUGGCACCUGGAUGGAAUCAAGAGCGCCGAUGGAGGGCCGCUAAUUGCUGAGCCGGAGAUGAAGAUGAUCACUUUGGGGAAGGACGACGAGUUCCUGGUCAUCGGCAGCGACGGGCUGUGGGACGUGUUCACGAGCCAGAACGCGGUGGACUUUGCCCGGCGGCGGCUGCAGGACCACAACGACGCGAGGGCCUGCUCCAGGGAGCUGGUUGAGGAGGCCAUCAAGAGGGGGGCGGACGACAACCUGACGGCGCUGGUGGUGUGCUUCCAGGCGGAGCCGCCGGCGGCGGCGGCGGUGCAGAGGUCCCGUGUCCGCCGGUGCAUCUCAGCGGAGGGCCUGCAGAGCCUCAGGGGUCUCCUGGGUGGCGGCCAAGAUUAG